UCAAAGCAGGGGAGGAGAGCAGCAGCGAGUCGCCGCCGCCGCCGCGCCGAGGCUGGCGCUGAAACUUUGCCUCGCCCGGGACCCGAGCGCCGCAGCGCGGCCGCUCCCGCCGCGGGGCCGCCCGCCCGGGCCGCGCCGCCUCCGCCGAGCCGCCCGCCGGGCCGCCUGCGCCGCCCGGGCCCCGCGGCUGCCGCAGCAUUCCCGGGAAGAACAGAAUGACUGAGAACAUGAAGGAGUGCUUGGCACAGACCAAGGCGGCUGUGGGGGACAUGGUGACCGUGGUGAAGACAGAGGUCUGCUCCCCUCUCCGAGACCAGGAGUAUGGCCAGCCCUGCUCUAGGAGACCAGACCCCUCGGCCAUGGAAGUGGAGCACAAGAAACUGAAGGGGAAGCGUGACCUCAUCAUGCCCAAAAGUUUCCAGCAAGUGGACUUCUGGUUCUGUGAGUCCUGCCAGGAGUACUUUGUGGAUGAAUGCCCGAACCACGGUCCCCCGGUGUUUGUGCCUGACACGCCGGUGCCCGUGGGCAUCCCGGACCGGGCUGCCCUCACCAUCCCACAGGGCAUGGAGGUAGUCAAGGACGCCAAUGGGGAGGAUGACGUGCGGUGCAUAAAUGAGGUUAUCCCCAAAGGCCACAUCUUCGGCCCCUAUGAGGGGCAGAUCUCCACCCAGGAUAAAUCAGCUGGCUUCUUCUCCUGGCUGAUCGUGGACAAGAACAACCGCUACAAGUCCAUAGAUGGGUCAGAUGAGACGAAAGCCAACUGGAUGAGGUACGUGGUCAUCUCCCGGGAGGAGAGGGAGCAGAACCUGCUGGCGUUCCAGCACAGCGAGCACAUCUACUUCCGGGUGUGCCGGGACAUCCGGCCCGGGGAGCGGCUGCGGGUCUGGUACAGCGAGGACUAUAUGAAGCGCCUGCACAGCAUGUCCCAGGAAACCAUCCAUCGCAACCUGGCCAGAGGAGAGAAGCGGUUGCAGAGGGAGAAGGCUGAGCAGGCUCUGGAUGGCCCAGAGGACCUGAGGGGUCCCAUUCAUCUCCCUGUGUUGAGACAGGGCAAAAGUCCCUACAAGCGUGGCUUGGAGGAGGGGGACGUGAACCCCCAGACCAAGAAGAAGAAAAUUGACCUCAUUUUCAAGGAUGUGUUGGAGGCCUCACUGGAAUCCGCAAAGGCGGAAGCCCACCAGCUGGCGCUGAGCACUUCGCUGGUCAUCAGGAAGGUCCCCAAAUACCAGGGCGACGCCUACGGUCGGUGCGCAAUGACCAUGUCUCAUGGCGUGCAGAGUAUCAGCCGGACCCAGGGGGAAGGGGACUGGAAGCCCCCCCAGGGGGCUGCUUCAACAGAGCCAGGCCCUUUGGAGGAUGAAGAAGAGGAGCCUUCGUCAUUCAAGGCUGACAGUCCUGCCGAGGCCUCCCUUGCGUCUGACCUUCACGAGCUUCCCACCACCUCCUUUUGCCCUAAUUGUAUUCGCCUAAAGAAGAAGGUUCGAGAGCUCCAGGCAGAGCUAGACAUGCUUAAGUCUGGGAAGCUUCCUGAGCCCCCCGUACUGCCAGCACAGGUACUGGAGCUCCCAGAGUUCUCAGACCCUGCAGCCUCAGAGAGCAUGGUCUCUGGCCCCGCCAUCAUGGAGGACGACGACCAGGAGGUCGAUUCAGCAGACGAAUCCGUGUCCAACGAUAUGAUGACUGCCACCGACGAGCCCUCCAAGAUGUCGUCUGCCACCGGGCGCCGAAUCCGGCGCUUUAAGCAGGAGUGGCUGAAGAAGUUCUGGUUCCUGCGGUACUCCCCAACCCUCAACGAGAUGUGGUGCCACGUCUGCCGCCAGUACACCGUGCAGUCCUCGCGCACCUCGGCCUUCAUCAUUGGCUCCAAGCAGUUCAAGAUCCACACCAUCAAACUGCACAGCCAGAGCAACCUGCACAAGAAGUGCCUGCAGCUGUACAAGCUCCGCAUGCACCCCGAGAAGACGGAGGAGAUGUGCCGCAACAUGACCCUGCUCUUCAACACCGCCUACCACCUGGCCCUGGAGGGCAGGCCCUACCUGGACUUCCGGCCCCUGGCUGAGCUCCUGAGGAAGUGCGAGCUCAAGGUGGUGGACCAGUACAUGAACGAGGGAGACUGCCAGAUCCUCAUCCACCACAUCGCCCGGGCGCUGCGGGAAGACCUGGUGGAGCGCAUCCGCCAGUCGCCUUGCCUCAGCAUCAUCCUGGAUGGGCAGAGCGAUGACCUGCUGGCCGACACGGUGGCUGUCUAUGUCCAAUACACCAGCAGUGACGGGCCCCCGGCCACAGAGUUCCUGUCCUUGCAGGAACUGGGGUUCUCUAGCACAGAGAGUUAUCUCCAGGCGCUUGAUCGAGCCUUUUCCGCCUUGGGCAUCCGGUUGCAGGAUGAGAGGCCAACCGUUGGCUUGGGCAUCGACGGGGCCAACAUCACAGCCAGCCUGCGUGCCAGCAUGUUCAUGACGAUCCGCAAGACGCUGCCCUGGCUGCUGUGCCUGCCUUUCAUGGUGCACCGGCCCCACCUGGAGAUCCUGGAUGCCAUCAGCGGGAAGGAGCUCCCCUGCCUGGAGGAGCUGGAGAACAACCUGAAGCAGCUGCUGAGUUUCUACCGGUACUCACCGCGGCUCAUGUGCGAGCUGCGGUCCACGGCCUCCACCCUCUGUGAGGAGACGGAGUUCCUGGGGGACAUCCGGGCCGUGAGGUGGAUCAUCGGCGAGCAGAAUGUCCUCAACGCCCUCAUCAAGGACUACCUGGAGGUGGUGGCCCACCUCAAGGAUGUCAGCAGCCAGACCCAGCGGGCGGACGCCUCGGCCAUCGCGCUGGCCUUGCUGCAGUUCCUCAUGGACUACCAGUCCAUCAAGCUCAUCUACUUCCUGCUGGACGUGAUCGCCGUGCUCUCACGCCUGGCCUACGUCUUCCAGGGCCAGUACCUCCUGGUGUCCCAGGUGGAUGACAAGAUCGAGGAGGCCAUCCAGGAGAUCAGCCGGCUGGCCGAUUGCCCCGGGGAAUACCUGCAGGAGUUCGAGGAGAACUUCCGAGAGAGCUUCAAUGGGAUCGCGAUGAAGAACCUCAGGGUGGCCGAAGCCAAGUUCCAGUCCAUCCGGGAGAAGAUCUGCCAGAAGACCCAAGUGAUCCUGGCUCAGAGGUUCGAUUCCCGCAGCCGGAUCUUCGUCAAGGCCUGCCAGGUGUUCGACCUCGCGGCCUGGCCCAGGAGCAGCGAGGAGCUCGUGAGCUACGGCAAGGAGGAUAUGGUUCAGAUAUUCGAUCACCUGGAAGCCAUCCCGACCUUCUCCCGGGAUGUCUGUAGGGAAGGGCUGGACCCCCGGGGGAGUCUCUUACUGGAGUGGCGAGAACUUAAGUCUGAUUACUACACCAAAAACGGCUUCAAAGACCUGAUCGGCCACGUUUGCAAAUACAAACAGAGGUUUCCGCUCUUGAACAAGAUCAUCCAGGUCCUCAAGGUCCUCCCCACUUCCACUGCUUGCUGCGAGAAAGGCCGCAACGCCCUGCAGCGAGUUCGCAAGAACCACCGCUCCCGCCUGACCCUGCAGCAGCUUAGCGACCUGUUGACAAUCGCGGUCAACGGCCCGCCCAUCGCCAACUUCGACGCCAAGCGAGCCCUGGACAGCUGGUUCGAGGAGAAGUCCGGCAACAGCUACUCCCUGUCCGCCGAGGUCCUCAGCAGGAUGUCGGCCCUGGAGCAGAAGCCAGUGCUGCCGGCCGUGGAGCACGGCGCAGAGUUCUACCCAGACAUCUAGGGAGCCUGAGUCCCGGAGGUCGCUAAGCUGUCGAAUAUUUUUUAAAUCUAUACUCAUAAGCUUUGAUAUAUUAUAUAAAUAUAUAUUAUAUUAUAUAUAUAUAUAUAUAUUAAAAAUCCACACUGAAAAUUUUUUAAAAACCGAGGUGACGCAUCUACCAGAAGCUACUGGGAGCUUUCAGAAAGGAGUAAUGUCAGACACUGACUCUUGUCUCCAAAAUUUGGCAGCUGCAACAUCCGUGGCAACUCAUUUUCACUCACAGAAGCAUGUGCUGCGGCCACACGUGUUCCCACCCAGCGGUCCACCGGCCACAUAAGCUAAAGUGACGGGUCUCUGCCACCACCUUUAGGUAGCUCGUUUGGUUCACGUUUCUGUCUGGGGGAGCGGGGGGCUUGGGUUGGGGUUUAUGUUCCUGCCUUUCCUUUUCUUGUUCGGUUUCUCGUGCGAUGGGGUUUCUCAGCCUCUUCGCUGACAGGCUGGCCCAGCUGAACGCGACCUCUGAUUCUGGAGAGAGCAGGCUGUGUGUCUGGGUCUCGAGUUCUGACUCUCUCUCCUGCCUGACUUCAGCUUGAAUGAAUUUUGUUCAUUUCCCGGUGAGCAUCUCUUCACUGUUUUAGAAACGUAUGUCGGUCAAACUGUGACUCCCCCCCUCUGUCGCCAGUCCCAUCCCUGGGUUGUUGAUUCCCUUCCUCCAGCCCCCCUGGAUCCUAAAGAUAUUACCUGUAAUACUAAAGGCAAAAUUGCCUGACAACCAAGCUUGAAACCCUGGGGAAGGGGGGGGCUGGUGAACGUUUUGCAUUCCUGUUUUUACGUGGUGUGGGAUACAAUAAUCUUAUUCCAUUCAGAUCCAGGGCUGUUGGAGGAAGGAAGAGCCAAGAAAUCCAGACCCCAAAGGGCAACGAUUUAUUGGCUAAAAACAAGUGAAAUGAAAAAUAUGUGUCAAUUUACAUAAAUUAUUCAUACUCUGUCUUUAUAAUCCUGUAAUGUGUUGGGGGUAUGUUCUUUCCUUUAAUGAUCGAGAAAGGCCUGCGGUAAUUCAGUAGCAGGAGAUGUCAAUGCAAGUUGUGCCCUGGAUUAUGCAAAUGAGAGUCGCUAGAGAUUCAGUCCUUUUUCUGCAACAGGCUGAUGACCAGCCCUACAGCCAGGCAGGAAGGUGGUGGGGGACUGAGCGCUGCAUCUAUGCCUGUCAACGCUUCCGUUUUUGAACAGGGUAGAGAUGUCCUAAGAGAAAGGAAUAAGCAAGGGGUAAAAUAGGACUCUCAAGGCAUCCGCCUACACACACACACACACACACACACACACACACACACACAACCACACACACAACCACAAUAUAAGCUUUAGAAAUAGCCACUUGCCUAUUCCCUGGGGCAAGUAGUGGUUUAAGCUAGAGGAGUGAGAUCAAUCCUCUCUCUUUCAUUUAACUACCGGUAUACCUCGCAAGGGAGUUUUUUAAAAAAAUGUGCAUGAGCUGUUAACUUCUGUUCAUGUUUCCACACCUGACUGACGCACAUCCGAUAUGCAGAGAUCCCGCAUCGUGGGUGCAGGUCACAUCGGGGGGCAGGGGAGGACCCGCUUCAUCCGUGGUCAGAGAGCCACCCCUCUGGGUUGGCAGAGGGUGGGCACAGGAUGUUGUGAUCUGGCCACAGGCAGGCCCCAGCAUCCCCACCCCGAGUGGCUCCGACCCUCUGAAACUGUGGUGGCUCCCUCCCUCCCUGGUUCACUUUGUCUCUGAGGCCUCCCUCGUGCCACCGUAGAGAACCAUUGUGGACAUGUCAUCAACACUGAACACGUCACUCCCCUUUCCCGGUCCUGCCAGUCCCUCCACCCCCCA